AUGCACGCGGUUUCCACAGCAACCGUGGGCAACGUGAGGCCGCGACCCGGAAGAAGACGGCCCUCCCCGGGGCGGGCCAAAGACUCGAUGAUGACUUCCGGGUCGCGGCGACGCGAGCGCUCACGUGGGGAGGCUUGGCCUGCGGGUGGACCAGGAAUGGUCACCAAGACUCAGAAAGUAGACCUGGUCCCACAGCUCCCAGAGAAGAAGAAAAAGAAGAAGAAAAAGAAGGUGGUGGUUGCAGAGGUCGCAGAACCAGAGACUCAGUACUCAGUCCUAAACAGUAACGAUUAUUUUGUCGAUGUUUCUCCAAGGGCCACAUCCCCCUGUAACAAUGUGGAUGAAGGGCAGGUCCCUGAAAUGUUGCCAGGCAAGAGAAAGAAGAAGAAAAAGUCCCCUAGUGCUCACUUGAAGGAGCACCUGCAGUCUGAGGCCACACGGGCAGGACAGAAUACGUCCCCCAGCCCUAGAAGGCCGGUCCUUGAGCAGUCAGCAGAGUGCCUCAGCGGAGAGAAGAAAAAGAAGAGCAAGUCCUUGCCGCAGGCCACCUCCCAAGGCUCCCAUCUGAAGAACUCCCUAGACCCCAAGCACGCUGAGGAGGUAAGCAAAGCCGGUAAGAAGUCCGGGAAACACAGGAAGGAUAAAAAGGUUCUGGACAGGGAAGCCUUUCCUCCCCAGGACUCUUGGCGCUGUGGGGCUGGGGAUGCUCUGCGCCCAUGCUCAGAGAGGAUGCAGGCUGAGGAGCAGGCAGCCUUGGGGCAGAAAAGGAAGCAGGGCAGCCCCAGAGAGCACAGCAUGAAGAAGAAGAAAAAGAAGACCCACCAAGAGGGAGACAUCCUCCCAGUCCACUUCAAGCUCUCCAUGGAGAACAGCCUGAAGAAAGGAAGUAAGAAGUCAGCCAAAAGUGAGCCUUUGGAGUACAUCCCAAUAGAAAGCCCGAAGACCCCCGGGAAAAAGAAAGUGAAAUCCAAGAAAAAGGUGGAACAGUCAGGUGAUGAGGGGCUGGCUGUGAAAAGGAAGAAGAAGAGGAAAGAGAGUGGAGUAAAGGAAGACCCCUGGCAGGAGGAAGAAGAGCAGUCGGACACAGACCUGGAGGUGGUACUGGAAAAGAAAGGCAACAUGGAUGAGGCUUGCAUAGAUCAGGUGAGGCGGAAGGCCUUGCAAGAAGAGAUUGACCGUGAAUCAGGCAAGACAGAGCCUUCAGACCCCAGGAAAUGGACGGGAACCCAGUUUGGCCAGUGGGACACCGCUGGCUUUGAAAACGAAGAACAGAAGGUGAAAUUCCUGAAGCUUAUGGGUGGCUUUAAACAUCUGUCCCCAUCAUUCAGCCGUCCUCCCAGCAUGACUAAGAGGUCUAACAUGGCCCUGGACAAGAAGUCUUCAGAUAUGCUCCAGCAGAAUCUGCAGCAGGACUAUGACCGGGCCAUGAGCUGGAAGUACAAUCGUGGGGCUGGCCUGGGCUUCCCCUCUGAGGCCCGCAAGGUCUUCUACAUUGACCGGAACGCUUCCAAGUCUAUCAAGUUGCAAGAUUAAACUUUAUUGUCCUGUUCCUCAAACUGCAUUUCUUAGUCAGUUUUGCAGCCACCAAAUUGGCUCGGAUCAGGCACCUGCAGAUACUGAGGACCACUUAUGAUUUUUUUUUUUUUUUCUUUUUUUUUUUUUCGAGACAGGGUUUCUCUGUAUUGUUUUGGAGACUGUCCUGGAACUAGCUCUGUAGACCAGGCUGGCCUCGAACUCACAGAGAUCCGCCUGCCUCUGCCUCCCGAGUGCUGGGAUUAAAGGCGUGCGCCACCAACACCUGGCUUCAUGAUGAGUUUUAAACAAGCAGGUGAAACCUGCUUGUGUGUCAGGAGCCAGUACCAGUGGCUAAAACCUCCUAUUUUCUGUAUUAAACCUUCCACCUCUUUGGGUAAAAGUAUUUUAAGUAAUAGUAGCUAGCAGUUGUUGACGCGUACAGGGCCCUGACUGAAGCGUUUUCCUUGUAUUGAUGUAUUUAAACCUAAUUAUGGAAUGGGUGCUACUCUCAUCUUCAUCUUAUGGAUGCCGCAACUUAAGUUCAGGGAUAAAUAAAAUCGCCAAGGGUCACCUUCAGGAGUACAUCACCCUGCAUCUGAAUGAAGAAAGCAAGUGUUGUGCCAUUUCUUCCAUAGGGACCAACAAAUUUUUUUCCUUACCUCCUCCUCAGGAGGCAGGUGAGGUGUACCGGCCAGAUGUGACCAAGCGUGUCCUCUGUGGGAGAUAACCUCUGAGCUGGCUGCUUUCAUCCGGCCAACUGAGUGCUGUGCUCGCAUUUGAUGUUUCUGUGCAUUGACCGGAUCUCAAGCAAGGCAUUUUGGACAGGUAAUCCUGCAUAUGAACCCAUGUGAGAUUCUCAGCAGUGUGUUCCCAAGGGAGACAUCUUGGACAACUUGUGUGAAGUCAAAUAUAAGGAGGAAUGGAGAAUACGGUGCUUUAUCUACUGCGGGCACAUCCUUAUCCUGAACUACACGGCAAGCUCCAGGUUCAGAAAUCUGCAUGACAUGACUUUCUCUUCUACCAACCUUUGACAGUCUGGGCAUCAUGGUUAACAUAAGGACGUUUUCCUAUCUCUUGGCCUGGCACCUCACCCAGAUAUCCCAUUGCAAGCCUGGUCUCUCACAAGCAGAAACCCUAGUCAGGGGCUUGGGUAUUGGAGGAUUGAUGCUGCACUCAUCCAGGACAUUCAUUCUUUGGUUUCAUCCUCAGUGUUUGUGUAAUUGAGCUGGUUGGGAAGAUGACAGAAGCAAUUCCAGGCUGCAAAUGCCCCAGUUUUCUAGAGUUGGCCAAAGAAACUUCCAGCAGUCUCGUGGAGAAUGUUCUCUGGCUUCAUUCAGUUCUGUGUGGUUGGUCCUAUGUUGAACCCUUUGGUGAGGGAGAUGUUCCUCAGCCAGAGAGAGGGUGAGGUAUUCCAUACUGCCAUAUAGCCAGCAGUGGUGGCACAGCCUGAAGCAACUGCCUCUACCCGACCCUGUUCCGACCUGUAGGCAUAGGCCGUGUCAUAUCCUACAAGUGUGUCUGCUAGCAAAGACCUUUUUUUUUUUUUUUGGUUUUUCGAGACAGGGUUUCUCUGUGGCUUUGGAGGCUGUCCUGGAACUAGCUCUUGUAGACCAGGCUGGCCUCGAACUCACAGAGAUCCACCUGCCUCUGCCUCCCGAGUGCUGGGAUUAAAGGCGUGCGCCACCAACGCCCGGCCCUAGCAAAGACCUUUUUAAGCCUCUUUCCUCAGAUGAACUUGGUCUUUCAUAGAUUCAGCCUCAAGAAACAAAAAAGAGCCACCUUCAUUCUCAGAGGGCAGAAUUCUGACUUUGAGGCAACCUCUAGACCAGUGUUUGUCAACCUGUGGGUUUCGACAUCUACAUGGGCUGGGUUGCCAUCUCAUGCCACAUAUACCUUGGUAACUGUCACCCAAGCGUGUGCACCAGGUCUUUUUCUUACCUGUGACUAGUCUCAGUGCUGAAGGACUUAUGUUUGUAGCUUGCUGUCUCAGCACUGACUUAGGUGCUCCAUUUGCUCACUCCUCUGUAAGUAAGAAUUGGAGUCUAAGAGCAAAUAGGCUGUAGGGCCUCCUCAGGAGUCCAGCCUUGUCUCUGCACUGAAAGACUCUGCUUCUAUUAACUAGGCUUUUGUCCUACUGGUGGUGGCUUGAGCCACCAUACUCCCCGUCUCCAUAUCUUAUACCUUCCCAGAACUUCAGUCUUCUGCUUGAUGUCUCCAUGUGGGUGUGGGCUGUCAGUGACCCAAUACAGGCUUUGAACUUGUCUGUUUCUCUCUCAGGCAUUUCUCACCACUUGCUGGUGCUUUAUAGUAAUAUCCUUGUCCAUAGUCACCCGCCAACAGUCACCCGUAUCUCAUGGUUCCUACCACUUUGUUCUUGGGCUGAUUUCUGCACAGUCUACUUGAGUCCACAAGGCCACACCCUGACUGUGACCUGUCAGAAGGAUCCCAACUAGCCACUGUUGUCCCCUAAAGGAGGGUAUGACUCAGCUCUGCAAGCUUCAUGCUACUCAGGUUGUAGCAGGCAGAACCCCCCCCCCAACCCCAUACCCUUGGCAGAAGGGAAUUAAGGUUGCUAGUCAAAUUGAUUUGAAAUAAAGAUCCUGGAUUACCUGAGUAGGCGCCUCACAAAAUCCCUUAACUGGAAGGUGACAGAAGAGUUAGUGUGGAAGAAACAUGGAAGGACAGCUACUUGAAAGGAAAAGGCCACAAGCCAAGACCUCGGGCAGUCCUUAGAAACUGGGCAGCACUUCCACCAGAGUACCCACAAAGGAGCUUAGUCUUGGUGACACCAUGACCUAGCCCAGAGGGACCAGUGAGUUCUGACCACCAAUUUUCAGAUGGUAAAAAACACAAGAAGCCAUUAUGUAUGUAAUUUGUUAAAGUAGCAAGAACCAGGAACUAAGGACAUGAAGUGUCCCUGUUACUCAUUUCCUAAAUCUUAUAUGUCCUUCCUAAAGGGAGUAGAUGCCAUCCUGUGGAGAUGGAAUUUCAAAGACCAGCCUGCCAGUAACAGGCAAGGGAAGCUGUUCCAGUCCACACUUCUGCCCAGGUUGACAACAAGAUUCAGAGGACCUGUGGUAUGUGUACCUAAUGCAAGGCUAAACUGAGGUUAACACAGGAGCACUGGGAAUUCGCUGGGCCAGUGUUGGGAGCUGAUGCUGUCCAACAGGGGCAGCAACAGCAGUGCUUUCUGGGUGCUGGUUCACAGCAGAAGAGGCAUUCAGCAUCUGAUUUUUAUUUUUUUGAGAGUGGCUUAUUUAUCCCAGACUGGCCUCAAACAUGUAACUGAGGACUAUGAACUCUUGAUCCUCCUGUCUCUACCUCCUGAGUACUGGGAUUACAGGCCUGGACCACCACACUCAGUUUAUGUGGACAUUGUGGAUGCCCGGCAAGCAUCCCACCACCUAAGCCACGUCCUCAGCCUCAUCUUCUGUUUGUUCGGUUAAUUUUUUUUUUAAAGACAAUUUUCUCAAUUCCGUGGGGUGGUGGGAACUGUCAUCAGAUUGGCCUCAAAUAUACAACAGUAACGCUGGUUUCAUAUGAGUAAGCACAUGAAUUUAUAUAUAAAUGAUUUUUCAUUUUCUUAGAUUAGUCUUGUAUAGUGUUUCAGAGUAAUGAUUAAUAAAAAUCCAUGCCUAAAGCA